CGCCCCGCUCUUUUCCUCCCUCUCACCCCCCUUUCCUAUUUCACUGGAGCCUGGAGAAGGCUGGAGGCUGAAGUGUGGGGUCCUCUCCCUGAUUUCUGCAGUCCUUUCGCCACUUCGGCAGGAGUCUAGGACAGCGCCCCAGAGCCCCGGGUCCCGGGAGAAGGGACUCCCCUUUCUCUGCCUAAGGAGGGGCUCCAGCGGCUGGACCUCCAGAGCCGUCCAGUCUAGCCAUCAGGGCUGUGCGGCGCCGGCUCCGGAGGAGCAGAGACGCACUGCUGGCUGCCCCAGUGGCCACUGUGCAGAGCAUCACGAUUUGGACGUGAAGUUGAAAGAAGGGACUGAGUGGGCUUCCCUGACCACCCUUCUCCGCCUCCUGCCCCGGUCCCUCAGCCCAUCCUCCACCUCCGCUCCACGAUGCGGGCAUCCUGGUGCCCGGGACUGUCGCUCCUGCUCUCCUUUGUUGCAGGUGGUUUUGUUAAAACGGCAGCCAGCUCAAGAAGUCACAGAUCACUAGCAUUUGCAGACCAGCCUGGGAUCUGUCACUAUGGCCCUAAACUGGAAUGUUGUUAUGGAUGGAAAAAGAACAACAAAGGACUCUGUGAAGCUGUCUGUGAUCAUGGGUGCAAGUAUGGUGAAUGUAUAGGGCCAAACAAAUGCAAAUGCUUUCCUGGAUUUACUGGAAAAACUUGCAAUCAAGAUAUGAAUGAAUGUGGACUGAAACCUCGCCCUUGUAAGCACCGAUGUAUGAACACCCAUGGCAGCUAUAAGUGUUAUUGUCUCAGUGGCUACAUGCUGAUGCCGGAUGGCACCUGUUCCAAUUCCAGGACAUGUGCCAUGACAAACUGUCAGUAUGGCUGUGAAGGUAUGAAAGAUGAGGUACGAUGUUUGUGUCCAUCAGCCGGGCUACAAUUGGGACCUAAUGGAAGAGCCUGUAUAGACAUUGAUGAAUGCUCAUCUGGUAAAGUUCUCUGUCCCUAUAAUCGGAGAUGUGUGAACACAUUUGGGAGCUACUACUGCAAAUGCCACAUUGGUUUUGAACUGAAAUACAUCAGUGGGAGAUAUGACUGUGUAGAUAUAAAUGAAUGUUCUGCAAAUACCCACAAAUGCAGCAUUCAUGCUGACUGCCUUAAUACCCAAGGUGCUUUUAAGUGCAAAUGUAGACAGGGAUAUAAGGGCAAUGGACUUCAUUGUUCUGCUAUUCCUGAAAAUUCUGUAAAGGAAAUCUUCCGGGCACCUGGAACUAUUAAAGAUAGCAUCAAGAAGUUGCUUGCUCAUAAGAACAGUGUUAAGAAGAAUGAAGAAAUAAAGAAUGUGAUCCCAGAACCUGCUGUGACUCCAUCUAUCAAGGUUCUCUUGCAGCCAUUCCAUUAUGAAGAUAGCAUUCAGACUGGUGGGGCCUAUGAUGAAAAGGUGAAAGAACAUGAAAAUACCAAAAGAGAAGAAAGAAUGGAGGAAGAGGAAGGUCAGAUUGACCUCAAGAACCAAAUUGAUCCCGAGAAAAGCCUUAGAGGAGAUGUGUUCUUCUCCAAGGUUAAUGAAGCGGUUCCAUUUGAUCUAUUCCCGAUCCAGAGAAAAGUUCUAACUUCAAAAUUAGAACACAAAGAUUUAAAUUCAUCAAUUGACUGCAACUUUGAUCAGGGCAUUUGUGAUUGGAUACAGGAUACAGAUGAUGAUUUUGACUGGAAUCCUGCUGAUCGAGAUAAUGCUGUUGGGUAUUACAUGGUAGUCCCAGCUUUUGUAGGACAUAAGAACAAUGUUGGCCGUUUGAUACUUCUCCUUUCCAACCUUCAACCCCAAAGCAGCUCCUGCCUAAUGUUUAAUUAUCGACUUGCUGGAGAAAGAGUGGGGACACUUAGAGUGUUUGUAAAAGACAAAAACAAUACUCUUGCCUGGGAAGAGACCAGCAGUGAGGAUGGAAGGUGGAGGACUGAGAAAAUUCAACUGUAUCAUGAAAUUGAGACUACCAAGAGUGUAAUUUUUGAAGCAGAACGUGGCAAGGGCAAAACUGGAGAGAUUGGUUUAGACACUGUCUUAUUAGUUUCAGGCAUAUGUCCUGAAGUUCUUUAAUUUAUGAAUUGUUGAACAUGAUUUUAAAUUUUUCUUAUUAUUUGUCCUUUAAGCUAGUGCUGAACUUUUUUACAUAAUAACAAAGAUAUCAACACAUCCUAGAAAUGCUAAGAGGCUGAUAUUUACUAUGAAAUUUAUUUCUUAGUGCCUAUUUUUAUCUGAAAUGUGCUAAUACUAGCUUUAUAGCAUAAUAUUCCUGCUAUGGAAUUGCUAUAUUCAGCUUUUCCUAUUUAAAAAAAAGCACAAAGAAAUGCCUAAGUAAAAUGUACUUCUAUGACACUUCUAUGAAUUUGUCAUAAUUUUUUACCUAGUGGCUUGGCCUAUUGUUUAACAGAAAAGUUUAUAUUUAUCUUUUCAAAAAUAACGAUUAUAUCCAAUUACUGAUAUUUUAUUGUAAUUUAAAUUCCUUUUUUAAUGAAGAAAUGACUUUAGUACUGUGUUAGGUUAUUUACCAUACUGGAAAAUGGGGAUUUUGUUGUUUUUUUUAUAUGGAAGUACUUUAUACCCUUUAAAAAUUAUUUCUGAAAGAAAAUCAAGUACUAAUCUUCAACAGAAAAUUGAAAUUAAUGAUUGCCUAGAGGUGCCAUGCACAUCAGUACCAGUUCUUAUGUUUAAAGCCUCACAGAAUUCAUCAGGUCAAAGUCAAUAGACUUAAGUUUUAUUGAAUUCUUUCCUUUCAAUCUCAUUUUGCUAAGUUUUCAUUUGAUUUUCAUUUUAUUAAUGUUCAUGUAGGAGUUCUGAAUGCCUUAAUUAUGAACAGGCAUAUUAUUCUUAGGUGUAUUACCCUUAUCUUGAAGGCUUUUUAUCUAUGUGUAAUAGAAUAUAAUAUUGCCUUGGUUUUUUUUUAAAUAUUUGGCUUUUCAAUGAGUAAAGUAUUUUUUAUAUCAUCACAUAAAUACUAGUAUAUCCUGGAAAUGCAAACUGAUCACAGAAACAUACUGGGAGCUAUGGCCUUCUUAUUGAACCUUUUUUGUAUGAGCUAUACUAAUACUUGCUCUCUCUAGAACACAAUAUUUUAUCAUUCUCUUCAUUUGAUUCAUGAAGUAUGAAAAUGCCUCUAGGUUUUUUCCUCUAGUAGAUGUGCUUUAUUUAUACAAGGUAUUAAAUUUCUCUGUUCAGCUUUUCUAGUUAACAAAAAAAAAAACCUUAAAGAAAUAUCUAGGGGAAGUGUUUAUUCCUGUGACACUUCUGUGAACUUGUGACAACAUUAUUUUUUUACUGACUGGCUUGGACUGAAUUUCAGCAGAGUGCAUGUUAUAUUUUAAAAUGAGCUCGAGGCAGCUCGCCCUCAAAAAAUUCCCCUGUACUUUGGCCUCAGGAUGAUAGUUACUUGAUAAAACCCAAAAGACUAAAUGAAUUAACAGUUUUCUCCGUAGACCACAAUCUUAUGUUCAUAGUAUUUUUAUUCCAUUUAUUCUGCAAAACUUUAAUUCCAGAAUGUUCUUUUUAGGAAAAGAAACGUGUAUUCAUCUAUUUCAUAUGCUAGAAUUAUUUUUUAUUUUGUGAGGAACUCUAGCAUUAAAUUGUGUAUAAUCAAUCAAUACUCAUCUCACUUUUCAGUUCAUCACUUUUCUCAGCUUUGUAUAGUUAUCAACCUGUUCAAGACAUUUUCUGUUUCACCUCCAGAUUAGCCUUUUGCCUUUAGUUCCAGUCCUUGGGAUGCUGACUUUCCUUGCUACUCCAUCUUUAUUUUUACCUUCAAGUCAAUGAAAUUUUUAAAAAAUAUUCCUUGUUCAAGCUCUUAUUUAAAUUUCACAUUGAAACUAGUCUCCUCAGAUCCCCUUCACCCUAAUUUAGCUUUCCCAAGUUCAAUUCUCAUUACAGAAACCUUCCUAAAAUAGUAUCUCCCUUUCCUAGGUUUGUAGCCACAUUCAUUUGCCUAGAUAGAUAUGAAGAAAUGUGAAAAUAUG